CAACAAGUGAGCAGCAGCAGCAAACAUAAGAAAAAAAGUUCUCAACCCCCUCCCCAAAACUAAAUAGAAAAGUGUCACGGCAAAUUUUUUCCGCUGCAAUAUUGGAUAAAUUAAUGAUUAUACAAUUUGUGAGCUUUAAAGUGGCUUUUUCUUGUUUCUCCUCUCACUAUCUCUGAUUAUAGCAGUAACAAAGCAGAAUUCGAAACAUAAACUGUCCGCCUUUGAAAAAAGCCCAUCUUAAAUUUCGAAUGAGGAGUCUUCUUUAAGAAGCAAAAGCACACACACCCACACACUCUAUACGACCGUUGAAGAAAUAGGAAACACAGAACAAUGGCAUUGAAUGGCUUUCUAGAGUUCUUCCAAAAGGGCAAAACAUUUCGACCCAAGAAACGCUUUACGGCCGGCACCAUACGUUAUUCCCUGCACAAGCAAGCCCAGGCCAGUCUUCAAUCGGGUAUUAAUUUGCGCCAAGCUGUCUGUCUGCCGGAAGGUGAAAAUCUCAACGAUUGGAUUGCCGUGCAUGUUGUUGAUUUUUUCAAUCGCAUCAAUCUCAUAUAUGGUACCGUUUCGGAAUAUUGUAACGAGACCACAUGUCCCACAAUGAGUGGCGGGUCACGUUACGAAUAUCUGUGGGCCGAUUCGGAGAAUUAUAAGAAACCCACAUCGCUGCCAGCACCCAAAUAUAUAGAAUUACUAAUGGAUUGGGCCGAGGCACAGAUCAACAACGAAACCGUAUUUCCCGUAUCUACAGAUGUACCAUUUCCAAAAACAUUUCCAGCCCUCAGUCGAAAGAUCUUGACGCGAUUAUUUCGAGUGUUUGUGCAUGUGUACAUACAUCAUUUCGAUCGGAUUGUUAGCAUUGGAGCUGAGGCGCAUGUUAACACCUGCUACAAGCAUUUUUAUUAUUUUGUACAAGAAUUCGAUUUGAUAACAAGCAAAGAAUUGGAACCGCUGCAUGAAAUGUCUGCCAAAAUAUGUAAAGAUUAAGUGAGAGGUGAGAAAUGAGAAAUGAAGGGUUCCGUAAAUAAUGUGAAAGGAUGCCAGCCAAAAAAAAAAAAAAAACGAAACAAAGCUACACAACCUAAACACGCACACUUACCUCACCUCACCAAAAAAACACACAUAGACUCAUAGAAACCAAGAAUCUCCAAAAUGUUUUGAAUAUUGUUCCAAUUAAGAGAAAUUAAGCAGGAAAAAAGAAAAGAAAUGUAAUAAAGUAUUAAAUACACUAAA